ACUCGCGCUCCUCGUCUGCGCGGAGCAUGUCCGCCGGGGCGCCGGCCGCCCGCGGGCUCCUGCUGCUGUCGCCGCUCCUGUCGCUGCCGCAGGUGGCGCUGGGCUUCGCGGAAGGCAGCUGCGACCCUUCGGACCAGUGCCCGCCGCAAGCCCGCUGGAGCAGCCUGUGGCACGUGGGGCUUAUCCUGCUCGCAGUCCUCCUCCUGCUGCUGUGUGGGGUCACGGCCAGCUGUGUUCGGUUCUGCUGCCUGCGGAAGCGGGCACACACCCAACCACACCUGCUGCCGGCACCUCAGCCCUGCGACCUGACAGCCAUCCCUGUGGACAGUGACAGCCCUGUGCACAGCACUGUGACUUCCUACAGCUCCGUGCAGUACCCACUGGGCAUGCAGCUGCCCUUCGGGGAGCUGGACCUCGACUCCAUGACCCCCCCUGCCUACAGCCUGUAUGCCCCCGAGCUGCCACCCUCCUAUGAUGAAGCCGUCAAGAUGGCUAAAACCAGACAGGAAGAGCCACCCCCUUUCCCGUAGCCCAGCCCCCUCCCCAGGGCCUCAUGCCUAGAGACCCCUUCAGGGCCCCAGGAACUGGGCCCUGAUGCCCCACACCCCUGGCUGUAGCCAUGGUGCCCCUGAGAGUGGGCAGGAAGGCUCUCCUGAGCCUCCCAAUGCCACCGGCCACUCUCUACUUACAGUGGACUGUGCAAGGGUCCUCGGGCUAGGGGACUGCAGCCCACCCCCACCAUCCUUCUCCCAGGAAGGCCAGCCGUCCAGCACAAUGCUACAACCCUGGCCUCGUUGCUGUGUAACACAGGGCAGCCAAGCCGGCUGGCCCUGUGUUUGCCACACACACGCACGCACACGCACACACACACACAGGCUGCUUCAUUCAUCCCUGGCCCCCAGCCCAGCCCCAGCAGGCUCUCAGCCCACAGGAGGCCCCACAGGCCUAAGCCUAGGGGCUCAGGACCUGCUGUGAUGUCUGCAGCUUUUUGGAGAGAAUAAAGUUUGUAUCAAAGUG